AUGCAUAUUUUUGGAGAAACACGAUGUUGGAUGUACUCAGUCGAAUGGCAAAAGCGCGGUUUGCCGCACGCCCACAUUUUAAUAUGGUUAGUUGAAAAAAUUACACCUAAUCUCAUUGAUAGUGUAAUUUCAGCUGAGAUACCUGAUCCCAACAAUGAUCCUCAAUUGCAUGAUAUUGUAAUAAAAAAUAUGGUUCAUGGUCCGUGUGGAACCAUUAAUCCAAAUUCUCCAUGCAUGGUGGAUGGAAAGUGCACUAAGAAGUAUCCCCGGCAGUUGCUUAAAGAAACUAUAUCGGGUAUUGAUGGCUAUCCGCUUUAUCGGCGACGAUCAGUGGAAGAUGGUGGUAAAACAACUACAGUGAAGGCCCGCAACAUCGACGUUGAUAUUGAUAACCGCUGGAUAGUACCGUAUUGUCCGUUACUUUCAAAAACAUUUAAGGCACAUAUCAACGUAGAAUAUUGCAGUUCGGUAAAAUCAAUUAAAUACGUUUGCAAAUACGUCAACAAAGGAUCCGACAUGGCAGUAUUUUCCUUCCGAAAUCCAAAUGAUGAAGUAACGAAUUAUCAAAUGGCUCGAUAUAUCAGCAGCAAUGAAGCAGUUUGGCGAAUUUUAGGAUUUCCAAUACAUGAACGUCAUCCAACUGUUGUUCAUCUUGCAGUACAUCUUGAAAAUGGACAACGUGUGUAUUUUACUGAGGCAAAUGCACAAGAAAGAGCCUUAUCACCACCAAGUACAACAUUAACAUCAUUUUUCGAUUUAUGUAGAAAUGAUUUGUUUGCCAAAACCUUGCUUUAUGCUGAAGUCCCAACAUACUUUACUUGGAACGCAUCAUCAAAAAAAUUCCAACGCCGUAAACAAGGAAAAGCAGUUGAAGGAUGGGAAAAUCUUUAUUCCACAGAUGCUAUGGGUAGGAUAUAUACGGUUCAUCCUCAGAAUGCAGAAUGCUUCUAUUUAAGAAUGCUUCUAAUAAACGUUCGUGGACCAACAUCAUUUGAAAAUUUGCGCACAGUGGAUGGCCAAAUAUGUGCAACGUAUCGUGAGGCGUGUCAAAAAUUGCAAUUGCUGGAAAACGAUGAUCAUUGGGAAACGACACUUGCGGAAGCUUCGGCUACAAGGCAUCCACGCCAAUUAAGAGCAUUAUUUGCAAUUAUAUUGGUUACUUGCUCACCAUCUAAUCCAAAAUUACUUUGGGAUAAAUUCAAGGAGGAUAUGGCGGAAGAUAUAUUGCAUCAACAUAGAGCUGAUAAUAAUGAUCCAGCAAUGGAAUAUUCUGAUACAAUUUUUAAUGAAUGCUUAAUUUUAUUAGAAGACAGAUGUAUGGAAAUUAAAAAUAAACUUCUCAUUGAAGUUGGAAUGAUCGCCCCAAUUCGUCCCAUUAGUGAUCCCUAUGAAAGAGAUUUAAUUCGAGAAACCGAUUACCAUCCACAAGAAUUGGAAAUUUAUCUGGGAGAAAAUUUGCCAAAGUUACAACCUGAGCAAAAAAAUGUCUACGAUUAUGUAAUGGAUGCUAUAAUAAACCAAACCGGUGGUUUAUAUUUCAUAGAUGCACCCGGUGGAACAGGAAAAACAUUUCUAAUUUCACUGAUCUUAGCCAGUGUCCGGUCUCAAGGUAAUAUUGCGUUAGCUAUUGCAUCUUCAGGAAUUGCCGCAACACUUUUGGAUGGUGGAAGAACUGCACACUCUGCACUGAAAUUACCAUUAAAAUGGCAAUUUUCUGAGGAUUACACAUGCAACAUCACAAAGAAUUCAUCAAUCGGUAAAGUUUUACAAACGUGCAAAAUCAUAGUAUGGGAUGAAUGCACCAUGGCACACAAAAAAUCUUUAGAAGCCCUUCACCGCACCUUACAGGAUUUGCGGAACACCAGCCGAUGA